CGUAAUGGCACCCUCAGCUGAAGGCGCCAGCGGCGCCCCGACCCCCGAAGAUCUCAAGCUGCACCAGCUCUCUCAGAAAUACACGGCCGAAGCAGCCAAGCGUUUCCGACCCGAGGGUCUUGGCCAGUUCAUCCGGCUCAAGGAGGUCGGGAAUGAACGGUUCCGCGCCCUCGCAGAAGAUCCUUGGGUUGAUCAUGCAGCGCUGAACGCGAAAGAACCGGUCAAGGACGGCUCCAGGUAUAAGUUCAUCAUUCUCGGCGCCGGGUACGGAGGUUUGCUCUAUGCUGUCCGUCUGGCCGAAGCCGGGCUGGCGAGUGGGCCGGAUGAUAUCCUCAUGGUCGAUGCCGCCGGCGGGUUUGGUGGCACGUGGUGGUGGAACCGAUACCCCGGCCUGCACUGCGACGUCGAGAGCUACAGUUACAUGCCGUUGCUCGAGGAGACCGGGUACAUCCCCAAGAGCAAGUACGCGGCGGGGCCGGAGCUGCUCGAGCACGCGUACCGCAUCGCGACGCAGUGGAAGUUGCAUGACAAGGCGCUGUUCCGGUCGAAUGUCAAGACCAUCAGGUGGGAUGACGAAUCUCGGUUGUGGAGUCUCGAGGUCACCGAGGGCCGUGGUCCCGGGCAGCAGAGCCGUGAGCUGAAGCUCCAGGCUCGGUAUGUCUUGCUUGCCAGCGGCAUCCUCACCAACCCCCAGGUUCCCAAAAUCCCAGGCCUCGAAACCUUUACCGGACCCGUUUUCCAUACAGCGCGCUGGAAUUACGACGUUACUGGUGGGAGUCCCACGGAUGAAGCCCUUAACCGGCUUGAAGGUAAGCGUGUCGGCAUCAUCGGCACGGGCGCAACCGCGAUUCAGGUAGUGCCCAAGCUCGCCAAGUACGCGAAGGAGUUGUACGUGUUCCAGCGCACGCCGUCUGGGGUGUGGUGGCGGGGCCAGCGCCCGACAGACCCGGUGGAGUGGAAAACGAAAAUUGCUAGGAAGAAGGGGUGGCAGCGGGAGCGGAUGCUGAACCUUGACUCGUACCUGACCGACGCCGCCGAAGAGGGCCAGGAGAACAUGGUUGCAGACGGGUGGACCGAAAUGCCCGCCUUUUCUGCCGUUAUCGGCUCUCCAAGACAUGGCAUAGUCGAGCCAACGCCGGAGAAGAUCGCCGAGCACCUCGGGCGGCUGUACAAGCUCGACCUGCCUCACGCCGAGCAGGUGCGGGCGCGGACGGACAGCAUCGUCAAGGAUCCGAAAACAGCUGCCAAGCUCAAGGCGUGGUACCCAACAUGGUGCAAGCGGCCAACAUUUAGCGACGAAUAUCUUCAGACAUUCAACCUCCCCAACGUGCAUCUCGUCGACACGGAUGGCAAGGGUGUAGAUGCGGCCAACCCGAGCGGGCUGGUGGUCGCGGACAAGGAAUAUCCUCUCGACAUCCUCGUCCUGAGCACCGGCUACGUGACGCCGAGCAUCGGCGGAGGGAGCCCUGCAGUGCGCACUGGUGUUGACAUCUACGGCCGCGGCGGUAAGUCGCUGGACGACAAGUGGCAGACCCAUGGUGCGGCGACCCUGCACGGCGUGUGCUCGAACGGGUUCCCCAACCUCUUCUUCACCCCCCUGUCCCAGUCGUCCCAGGCGGCCAACAACGCCUUCACCCUAGAUGUCGGCACGGAGCAUAUCGUCCAGGUCAUCAAGACAGCCGAGGACAGGGUCGACGGCGAUGCCCUUGUCGAAGUGACGAGCGAGGCCGAGGAGGCCUGGUCCUUCGAGAUCAUGAAGCAUGCUGGCUGGUUUGCGAGCGUCACGGGCUGCACGCCGGGCUACAUCACCUCCGAGGGCGAGGCUCUGCGGAAGUCGGAGGACCCGAUGGAAAUGGCAAAAAGGGCCAGGAGUGGGAACCUGUCCCAAGGGAUGGCGUCGUACAUGAAGUUGUUGCAGGAGUAUCGGGCCGAUGGGUCGCUCAAGGGAUUCGAUAUUUCCUCGAGAGCUUGAGGGGCUCGGAGAUGCGCCGAACUGCAGUUAGUUUCAAGUUGUCGAGCCAUCACUAUGCUGUUAAGCUUUAAUUAUAACCUUGGUCAGCGAAUUAAUUCCCCCCUGACCUCUUCGCUUGUUGCGGUCG